AUGACUGAAGAUUAUGUGGUCAACAACAGGGGGGAUUUGACUCCACUAUUUCAUUAUGGACCUGUUACUUGUAUAAAAUUUUAUUUAAAUUUUAUUCUAGUGGGUUAUGGACCGAUAUUGAAAAUUUUCAAAGUAGAAGGAAAUUCCAGCUCUUUGAUAGCUACCAGAAAAGUUUUCAGAAAAAACAAAAUCCAUUGCAUUACAACUGAUAAAGAAUCUGAGAACGUUGCUCUUAGCGGUGGACGCUCGUUCAUUGUUUUUAAUUUGAAUAAAUUCAUAGAUGAAAAUAUCAAGCUCGAAGAAAAAGCAAUCAAUGAAUGGAUAACAAGUAUAAAGUUUUCAGGGAGAGACCGUCUUUUGAUAUUAAACUCUCAUAAUACAGUCUACCAAAUUGAUAUUAGUUCAUUGGACAGAAAAUAUGUUUUAAUUGAAAAAACUGACUGUAAAGAAAAAUCUAUCUUGUAUAGUGGUUCUUUUACGAUCCGUCCCAGUGGUGAAGUGUUGGUAGCUGCCGGUACAGUUAUGAAUGGGGUUAUUAUAUGGUCACUCCAGACUAGAAAAAUCAUACAUAACUUGACUGAACAUGAAGGCUCCGUUUUUGGAGUAAAAAUCAACCCAACUGGUGAAUAUAUUAUAUCGUGCUCUGACGACAGAUCCAUCAAGUUGUAUGAUUUCAAAACUGGAACUCUUUUGGCAACAGGAUGGGGGCAUAAUUCCAGAAUAUGGAGUCUCCAGUUUUUCAACAAUACCAGUGAACUAAAGAUCCUCAGCACGGGAGAAGAUUGCAGUGUCAGAACUUGGAAAUAUAAGAAAGGCUCUGAACUUUUAAUUCAGGAAAAACUCAUGGAGCAUGCACAUAUGGGUAAACAUAUAUGGUCGGGAGAUGUAGACGAUAUCAGUGUCAAUGCAAUCGUGAGUGGAGGGUCUGACGGUAAAGUAAGACUUCAUGACCUUGCUCAAACUGCACAAAGUGAAUGUUUUUCUUUGGAAACUUUGUCCAGACAGACAGGAGUGAAUUUGAAAAAGAAUGAAAUAAUAAAAAACUUUUAUGAGCUAAGGAAACUAAAUCUUUUAGUUCUUUUGACUUCUGCGGGAAAUAUGUUCACUUUUGAUCAUAGAUACAAAGAAUUUAAAAGUAUUGUAUUAAAUGAAGGUGAAGUUGAAAUAUUUGAUAACUUUGGUAUAAUGAGAGGCUUUGAUGAUAUGAAUUUGGUGUUGAUUUGUUCUAGACAAGGACACAUUUUAGUUUUGCAAUUUAACUCAGCUUCCGAGCAACCACUGAAAGAAUGGGUUUCGGAUGAAUUAUUAGGAACAAACAAAGUCAGUAAUUUCUCUUCCUACCAUAAUGAUAAUUCCAUUUAUUAUUAUACAUUGACUGAUUGCCCGAAUCCAAAGGUUCCGUUACAGUUAAAAAGAUUUAAGUAUGUAAACGGCAUCUUCACUCUUGAUUCUAACAAUCAAUUGUUACAGCCAUCACAAGCAAAUUUUACCACAACUUGCUUCGUGGUAGACGAGGAACAUAAAUGGGCCUUGAUAGGCUCAAGGUAUGUGUCAUUGGCUAUUUAUGACUUGGCAAGAUCAAGUUCCACUUACUCGUUAUCAGCUUUAUUCAAGAAGUUAACUCCUGGAGAUUCUAUUACUAGCAUUUCAUUCGUAAGCCCUAAACAAAACUGUGAUCGCAUACUUGUUACUGUUAAAGAUGGAUACUAUUUGUAUGCUGAUGUCGGCAAGAUUGAAAAUGAUUUCUUUCUUGACAUUACUCAUCAGAAUAAGUUUCCACGAGGGUUCGUCGAAGGAAGUUUUAUGGAAUCAAAUGACUUAUAUCUAUAUGGAUUCAGAUCAACAUACUUCUAUGUAUGGAAUGAAAGCAAGCAGCUUGAAAUAUUUAGUGAAUAUUGUGGUGGAUCGCAUAGACAAUGGCAAUUUUUUGAAAACUGCAAGCAUGAUGGAUCUUACAAGUUCAUAUUUAUAAAUAAGUCCUCUUUGUACAUAAAUCGCUUAAAGACGCGGUUCCGUUACGAUGGAUUACUUGAAGAUGGAACACAUGGGAGAGAGAUUAGAGAUGUGACAAUUUCGCCGUCAGUUUUGGAAGAUGGCUCUAGGCUAAUGAUGAGCGCAUCCGAAGAUACCACUGUCAAGUUAAACAAAUUGUUUUCAGAUGGUAGAAUUGAGAAUAUAUGGAGCUUAAACGAUCAUGUAUCAGGAUUGCAAAAAAUAAAGUUCUUGAAUUCAAUGUAUGUGGGGAGUUCUGCCGCUAACGAAGAGUUCUACAUUUGGAAACUAAACCUUGACAAGUUCCAAACUGUACAUAUAACAAAAUUUGCCGUUUUGAAAGCUGGAAGUUCUAUUCCCGAUCUUAGAAUCAUGGAUUUUGACUACUUCGAAAUCCAGCAAGGCUUCAUGAUUGCUGCUGUAUAUUCUAACUCAAACAUCAAAAUCUGGAAUUUUAAUUUGAAGACGAGAGUCUUCGAAUGUUUGGUAGAUGACUACUACACAUCAUGUUGUAUACUAAAUGUCAGGUUUUUAAAGUUCCAAACGAGUACCUUUUUGAUGAUUGGGGCUACAGAUGGAAAUAUUGCAAUAUGGAAUAUAUCUAAAUCGAUAAUGGACAAUGAUGUCUCUAAGCUUGGUCAUGUUCAGGUCAAGCAAAAUUUGCAUCAAAACAGUAUCAAAUCUCUCUUGAUUGUUAAACAGAGUGACUCUGAAUCGCUCAGACUUGUUACGGGAGGAGACGACAAUGCUUUGAUUUUGUCUUUAAUAAGUUUUGAUGAUAACCACAUCAAAUUAAGGCCCUUGAGUUUUAUAGAGAAGGCAGCUUCUUCAACAAUUACAUCCAUAGCUCAGGCCACAGAUUCAAGAGUACUUGUCACCUCAGUCGAUCAAAUUCUUAGGGUAUGGUCAUACUCUAACGAUUUGUUACAAUGCAAUGAUGCUACUUAUACCACGAUCGCUGAUACUGGGUGCUCAGAUACAACCAAUUUCGGAGAUAGUUGUGUAGCAAUAGUUGGUGGCGCAGGAUUGAGCUCAUGGAAAAUUCAAUAG